AUGACCGAAGUUUUGGAAAAUAUCGACAGUGAAACCCGGCGAAAAAUCUUCGCCGAAUUCGGGAAAACCGAUGAAGAUGUAGCGAAAGAUAGGGAAAUCGUUUCGGAGUGGCUGAAAACUCAGGCGCAUUUGCCCGAAACGCCGGCGAGGAACAUGAUAGAUUUGUUCCUGAUUUUUAAUAAAUUCAGCGUUGAAAUUACCAAACAAAAGUUGGACAUGUAUUAUACGGUACGGUCUGUUUUUCCGGAUUUUUUCGAUAAUAUUCAUCCCAAUAGCGCGGUAAUGAGAAAUAAUUACAACUCAAGUAAUAUAAUCGUCUUGCCCAAAUUGACCGAAGAUUUUAGUAGAUGUUUCGUGUACACCUUCGAAGAUGUACCUACAGACGAACAUUUCGUGGAGGCUUUAGUGGGAAAAACGUUGAAUGUCCAGGAAGUGCGAAUCCACGAGGACUUAUCCGCUCAUCAAUACGUUAUUAUCGAUUUCAAAAAUUUGAAACUAGAAAACGCCCUCAAAUUCACCCCAUCGAAUGUGAAAAUAACCACGACGCUUUUAGAGAAAGUUUACAGCAAUAGAUUGAAGCAAAUACACUUCCUCAACUUCCACCCGGCUGUUAAUAUCCUGAUGAAACUGGCGAAACUCUUCAUGAAACCCAAACUCAUCGAUAGGAUUAAAAUUCACGAAUCUCCUGACACCCUAAAAAACUACAUCCCGUCGCGCAUCUUGCCCAGCGAUUUCGGAGGCGAGGAGAAGUCCAUCAGCGAGUUGAACGAUAUGUGGAGGGAAAAACUGGAGGAAUACCAGAGCCGAUUUGAUUUGCUGGCAAAGAUGAGAGUGAAUGAGAAUAAGCGACCCGUUCCUCUGGAAUCCCUGGAUGAGGUCGACAGAUUAGGAAUGCAGGGAACAUUCAAGAAAUUGGAUAUUGAUUGA